AUGAACCCCGCACUUUCCAAGUUCAUCCUCAAAGCUACCCCUUCAUCCAUCCUCAACCCAGAGCCCGAAAUGAACACCGCAAUCCCUCUCAACACCGGCGCCACAAUCCCCGCCCUCGGCCUGGGGACGUGGCAGUCUGCGCCCGGUGAAGUCAAGAAGGCCGUGAUCCACGCCAUUGAGGGCGGCUACAGGCACAUCGACUGCGCCUACUGCUACCAGAACGAAGACGAGGUCGGCGAGGCGCUGCAAGACGUCAUCUCGCGGGGCAUCGUGAAGCGCGAGGAACUGUUCAUCACCAGCAAGCUCUGGUGCACAUUCCACACCCGUGCUGAGGAGGGGCUUCAGAAGAGCUUGGAUCUGCUCAAGACACCCUACGUUGAUCUCUACCUCGUGCACUGGCCGGUGCCCAUGAACCCCAAUGGAAACCACCCCCUGUUCCCCAAGCUCGAGAACGGUGAUCGUGACCUCGACCGCUCCAUCACACACGUCGACACAUGGAAGAACCUCGAGAAGCUGAUCCAGGCCCACCCUGAGAAGGUCAAGGCUAUCGGCGUCGCCAACUACUCCGUCAAGUACCUCGAGAAGCUGCUCGCACAGGCUACCAUCACCCCUGCCGCCAACCAGAUUGAGAACCACCCUCUGCUGCCCCAGCAGGAGAUCGUUGACUUCUGCAAAGAGAAGGGCAUUCACAUCACCGCAUACAGCCCGCUCGGCAGCACAGGCUCGCCGCUAUUCAAGGAUGAGGGUGUCAUCGCUGUCGCCAAGAAGCACGACGUUGCUCCUGCUACCGUUCUGCUUUCUUACCACCUGGCUCGCAACUCUUCCGUCCUCGCCAAGUCCGUAACCCCGUCGCGCAUCGAUGAGAACCGUAAACUCAUCUCACUCGACAAGGACGACAUCGAGAACCUUGAGGCAGUCCAGAAGAAGAACGGUCCUACGAGAUAUGUCUACCCGCCGUUUGGCGUUGAUGUCGGCUUUGCUGAUAAGCCUGGUGGCAUUGACCUCUCUGGUUGA